AUUUUAAAAGCAUGUUUCGAUUUGUUUUUGAAGUGGUGGCGGGACUAAACCCGUUUUACACAAGUAUGAGUGAUUUGAAGUGAAAUGUUUUAUGCUUUUCAUUAAAUUGAGCAUGCCUACUUGAAAUUUAAGUGACUGUCCUGAUGAUCUGAAAGUGAUUGUGAAUUGUGAUUUUCCUAUUAACUUCUGCCUGUUUUGUCUCCGAUGUGGUCAUGUUAUUAGUGACCCUGCUAGUGGGGGAGGUUAUAAACGCUAGCACAUGUCGGCACAUGUCGAUAUGUUAUUCGUGACCCUGCUAGUGGGGGAGGUUAUAAACGCUAGCACAUGUCGACAUGUUAUUGAUAGAACCGGUUCGUUGAGUGACCUUGCUUGUGGGGGUUAUACACCAGCAAACAGUGACCCUGCUUGUGGGGAUUAUACACCAGCAAAUAGUGACCCUGCUUGUGGGGAUUAUACACCAGCAAACAGUGCGCCUGCCAGUGGGUGUUAGAUGCUGGCCAUGACCUAUAAAAGAGACGUCUAUUUCGUUCCCGUAUUAUAUCCGUUUUUCGUGAUUGCACAUGUUGGCAUGCUAUAAGUUUAAUUAAGGGCAAUCCAUAUUUACUUACUAAGUUUAUCUCAUAGUUUUUCCUUGUCCACCAUUUCAAGAAAUGAAACCGAGGACGGAGAAUCCGCGGGAAGUGACGAGUUAGAUGGCUAGCCAUUUCGAGAUUGAUAUAGAUUCUAGAAAUCAUGAUCUUGUAAGCUAGAGUGUACUUGGAGAUUUUAUGAUAUCAAAGUAAAUUUUAAAGAUUUGA